AUGCCGAAUUUUGAACUUCUAUUCUCUGCCCAACUUACUAAUGUUAAAGAAAUACUUCCACCAAAUACAGAUACCGAUUGGUUUAUUAAGGUACAAUGUACAAGUUGUGGUGAAAUUCACGAAAAAUUUGUUUCCGUAAAUUCCGAAGAGAGAAUUCCUACUAUGAAUUCUAGAAAUUCUGUCAAUAUGUGCUUGAAGUGCAAAUUUUGUGGUCGUGAACUUACUUCUGAUAUUGUCGCAGAUAGUGUAAAGCCUUAUACUGGCGAUGACUCUGGUCAGCUUCGACCCAUUGUUCGAUUCAGCUGUAGUGGUUUAGUUCCAAUUGAGUUUUCCAUUCGGGAUGGUUGGCAGGUCACUUCCUCCUCCCCCAGUGAAACCGUCUUUUCUGACGUAGAUCUCUCCUCUGGUGAAUGGGUGGGCUUUGAUGAAAAUUCUGAUGUCUGCCUUGAAAUUAUGGAAAUUGAAACGCAGUUCAAAUUAACGAAAUAA